AUGAUUGUGGCCAGCUUCGUUAACCCCGUGCUCGUCACACUGCCGUUUUUCGGCUUCAAGGUAUACACCUAUGGCCUCUGUAUUGCGGCAGCGCUCGCAUCCUGCGUCGGUGUGGUGGAGAUGGAGAUAAGACGUCUGCAGAUCUCGGCAGACGGAGCUUUGCUGAUGCUGGCCUUCAUUCCUGGUUUCGGGAUCGGAUCGAAAGUGCACCUUCUCGUCUCUUCUCUGGCAGCCGGUGGAGUCGUUCCGAACAUGUCCCUGGAGACAGGCCACUCCUUCAUGGGCUCAGCCGUGGGGGGCUUGCUGACGGCCUCGCUUUACGGUUCGUGGUGUGGUCUGAGGACCCUUGUCCUCUUGGACCUUAUUGCACCACUUGUCCCUCUGGGCCAUGCCGUCGGGAAGAUUGGCUGCUUCAUGUCGGGAGAUGGCUGCUACGGGCCCCGGACGAGAGCCGAUGCUCCAUGGGCGAUGUCCUUCCCGAACGGCUUAGUGCCAGUGAGGGAGCCGGUUCAUCCGACUCCACUUUACGAGUCUGCUCUCUCCAUGGCGCUUUUUCUGUUCCUCCACUUUGCCGUGGCGCUGCCCCAGAAGGGCGGCCGUCAGCGCCGUGUAGGUGUCAGGAGUGCAUUGACGCUCUCACUCUAUGGCCUGGAGCGCAUGUUGGUGGAACCUUUUCGGAGGCAUCCCCCCAGUGAGUACCUCUUCGGUCUGACCGAAUAUCAAUUCCUAGCAGUGAUCUUCAUCCUCAUUGGUGGAGUCUUGUACACUCUAGGCUCCACUAUGGAGCCCUGGCCCCUCAAGCUCUCGGAGCAGGAUUCUGAUCAGGCGGAGGACAAAGAUAGCAAGAAGAGUCAGUAG